AUGUCUGCCCCCGAUCCCAAUUCUGAACCACCAACGAGCCCGACAGUGCAAGUGCAGAGAACACCGCUGCCGCUCGACAUCCGCGACCGCAUCCUAUCGCACCUCAUCCCGCCCACGCCGCCUCUGCCGCCCACGCUCCUGUCCCGCGACUUUCUCGAGCGCCUCGCCUUCCUACCCCCAGCGCCGGACGACAUUGACGGCCAGCUCUCGCCCUUCACCUCUCCGUCCCCGAACGCACUCGCCCAGGCCCUUGCCGCGUGCGAACUCUCUCCCCCCUCUGCAACCCAGUACACCUACGACGGCACGAUGAUGGCGCGCACGCUAGUCCAGCCGGCCGACUACCUCUCAGCCGCCGAGGAGCGGAAGACGGUCGAGAUCGGCUUCGAGCAAGACGAGGACCGGGGGUGGGUGUACCGUGGGUCCAAGUUUUCGAUUGGCGGGGACGACGACGGGUGGUACAGCGACGUGGAGGAGGUGCCUGUCCAGCCUGCCGAAGCUAAGGAGGAGCGCGACGAGGUGAAAGACUACUGGGCCGGAUGGAGCAGUCCGGAGAGCGACAGCACGGGCAUCCAGGAGCAGGACGACGAGGACGCCUACUGGGCGCAGUACGGCGCCGGCCCCCCUCAGCCCGAGUACCCUGCCCCGUCGCCGCGCACACACUCGCCGGCGCCUUACACUGCCCCAGCCCCGGCCGCCUCGCCUCCGAAAGCCGCCUCAUCCGGCUCGCCCGACAUCGACAGCAUCACCUCGCAGACCGCAGCGCUCUCAACCUCUCAGCCGAAUCUGCUCGAGGAGAAGCUCGUGGCCAAGCUCAAGUGUCAGCUCCUCAAGGCGUGGGCGCAGUUCCGCGGCUCCUCCCCCGCCGACGACGAGUGCGCCGUGCUCGCGUGGCUGCGCGUGUGUCGGAAUGUCAACUCGCGCCCCGCCUGGGGCUUCGUCUCCACCGAAGUCGAAAACGAGGAGGCGGACGAGGUACACCCCGGCAUGCACCAGGAUGCCGAGGUCAAGGAGAUGAUCCUGCGCACGCGUGUUGAGAACAUUAGGGACAUCUUUGAGGUGCUCGGGAAGGACAAGAGCGAGUUUUGGCGCUGGUGCGAGGAGGCCAUCCGCGUUAGGCAGACGAAUGAGCAGGAAAAGGAGGAUUACCAGGGUGUCUGA